CAGAAAAUUGUUUGAGACAAGACUAGAUCACUCUUCUAACAGUCCAAGAGAAACGUUUGGUAAAUAUCCUGGUCUUAGAGAAAAGUUGAAUUAAUAUCCUGUUGUACGCUAUUUUCAACAGUUUCAUAAGCAAUAGGAGUUUGUUUUAAUGGAGAGCUGUGGUUCCCAAGUUUUUCCACAGCGGUUUAGGAGAGUGCCCAUAAGAACAUGGUAAUCAACGCGUUUUUGAAGUAAAAGCUGAAGUCCAGCUGCAUGAAUAUUAUGGGCUCCAGUGCCGAAGAAGUCCGUGCUGGACUAAUGGGCCAUGUGUCCACUGUCCAACUGUUCACCUUGCACCGUGAGCUACUGGUCUCCCAGGUGAAGAGCACGCAGUGCAUUCUGGAUAACCUCCUACAAAGUGGCUUUCUGUGUUUUGAGGAUACAGAAAUCAUCCAGCGCUCAGCCACCAAGACAGAACAGGUGCGUAAAAUCCUGGAAUUGGUCCAAAGCAAAGGGGAGCAGGCAUGUGAAUACUUCCUAUAUAUUGUCCACAAAGUUUAUGAUGCAUACAUAGACCUCCAACCAUGGCUUAAAGAGAUCAACUACAAGCCACCAGACUUCAUACGGGACAUACCAGUGAAGAACACGGACCCUAUUAGUAGGUACUGUGAGAAGCUGAGGCACGAGCUGAGCCGAGACACAUUCUUCAUUGCAUCCUACGCCCAGCAAGAAGAAACCCUGCUGGAGGAGCUCUAUACAGACACCCUGAUGGAGCUCCUGAAUGACCGCAAUGAGAGCCUGGGCCACCUGGAGGGUCUGGAGCAGCUCCUGGGAGAGCAGGGUGUCUUUAACCCACAGGCAGAGACGGUGCUCAUCACGGGGGAUGCUGGGGUGGGCAAGUCCAUCCUCCUCCAGAAGCUCCAGAGGCUGUGGUCCAAUAGGGAGCUGGAACAGACAGACGCCAUGUUCUUCUUCAAGUUCCGCUGUAGGAUGUUCAGCACAUUCAAGGAGACAGACGAGAUCUCACUCAGGGACCUGCUUUUCAAAUACAACUGCUACCCCGACCAAGAUGCGGACAAUGAGGUGUUCAGCUACAUCCUCCGCUUCCCCGAAAAGGUUCUCUUUACAUUUGACGGCUAUGAUGAGAUCCAGGCUGAUAUGAACCCGGGGAACGUGCCUGAGGUGGUUUCUCCAGAGGAGAAGACUCACCCUCUUCUGCUGCUCAUUAACCUGCUCUGUGGGAAGCUGCUCAGUGGUUCCCGGAAGGUCCUUACUGCUCGGACAGGCACUGAGGUCCAGAGCAGGGUGAUCCGGAAGAGGGUGGCGCUGCGUGGGUUCUCUCCGGCCCACCUUCAGACCUACACCAACCUACACUUCAAAGAGCAGGAGCACAGGGACCUGGUCUCAGUCCAGCUGGAUGCCAACCCCCACCUCUGUGGCCUCUGCUCCAUCCCCCUCUUCUGCUGGAUCGUCUUCAAGAGCUUUAAACACCUGCACUCAGUCUACGAUGACUUUGAGUUGCCAGAGGCUUGCGUGACCCUCACUAACAUAUUCCUUCUGCUUUCUGAAGUCUUCUUCAGCCGGGGGGCCGCUCCCCCACCGGGCCUCCUGACGAGAAACACCAGGUGCCCCGCUGAUACCUUCAGGGCAGGGUUGAGGCCACUGACAGCCUUCUCCAAGCUGUCUCUGCUGGGCACGGAGAGAGGAGGCUUUGUGUUCGACAAGGAGGAGGUGACCUCCUGUGGCCUGACUGAGGACGACUUUCAGGUGGGUUUCCUCCGACCGGUCAGCCGCUACGAUGCCUGUGGAAACCCUUCUACCUUUGAGUUCCUUCAUCUCACCCUACAGUCCUUCUUGGCUGCAUUCUCCCUGGUUCUGGAUGAACAGGCCAGCGUAGGCAACAUCCUCAAGUUCUUUACAGAGUGCAGCAGGAGGGACAACACAUCUUGUUUAUCGUGUGUCUUCCCCUGCAUCGGUGGCUCCUCCAAACCCAGGGGAAAGGACCCGUUCAAGACCAAUGAGCAUCUCCAGUACGCCAACCUCUUCCUGUGUGGACUGCUGUCUAAGGCCAAUGCCGGCCUGCUGGAGCACAUGGUUCCUCCAGCACUGCUGAAGAGGAAGCGGGCGGUCCUCAAGUCCUACCUGUCCACCAGCGUGAGGUCCCACCUCCGCGGUCUGCCACUCCACAGCACAGAGCAGGAGGGCAGCAAGGUGCAUGUCCUGCCCAACUUCCUGUGGAUGCUGCGCUGCAUCUUCGAGACAGGAAGUAAAGAGGUGGCCCAGCUGACUGCGAAGGGAAUCACAGCUGACUACAUCAAGCUGGGCUACUGUAAUGUGUCCUCUGGCGACUGCAGUGCCCUCAACUUUGUGCUGCAGCACCGGCGGAAGAGGCUAGGGGUGGACAUGGACAACAACAACAUCAGUGACUAUGGGGUCAAGCAGCUCAGGCCUUCAUUCAGUAAAAUGACCGUGGUGAGGUUGUGUGUCAAUCAGAUCUCAGACAGCAGCAUUGAAGUACUGGCUGAGGAGCUUAUCAAAUACAGAGUGGUGGAGGUUUUGGGACUUUACAAUAAUCACAUCACGGACAUUGGAGCCAAGCUAAUUGCUCAUAUCAUUGAGGAAUGUCCUAAGUUAAGAGUCGUCAAGGUUGGCAGCAACAAGUUCACCAGUGUGGGUGGCAGGUAUCUGGCCAGUGCCAUUCAGAAGAGCACAUCUAUCUUUGACGUGGGAAUGUGGGAGAACAGCAUUGGUGAUGAAGGAGCAAGAGCAUUCGCAGAGGUCCUGAGGAAUCACCCAAGUCUUACCAACCUCUGUCUCUCAGCCAAUGGUAUCACUUCAGAAGGUGGGCGGAGCUUGGCCAAAGCACUGAAAGACAAUAGAAGGCUCCGAAUUUUCUGGUUGGUGCAAAACGAGUUGUCAGAUGAUGUAGCACCAGACCUGGCAGAGCUGAUCAGAUCCAACACGGGUCUCUCUCACCUCUGGUUAAUCAAUAAUCAGCUGACAGUGGAUGGAAUCAGACAGCUGUCAGAGGCUCUCUCCCACAACACAUCACUCAAAGAGAUCUGUUUGAAAGGAAACUGUCUUUCUGAAGAGGAAGAGAAGCUGUUUGAGGCUGAGGGAAGGCUACACUUCCACUGAGGAGACAGAACUGAGCUGGAGCAUGUGUGUGUGUGUGCGCGCGCAUGUACAUUGGUCUUAGAGGGUCUUUGUUUGUUUUGCACAUAUUACAUUGGAAAUAUUUUUACAUACUGUAUAUGUACAGUGCAUUCGGAAAAUAUUCAGACCCCUUGACUUUCCACAUUUUGUUACUUUACAGCCUUAUUCUAAAACUGAUUAAAUAGU